CUUUGACGUCGGGCACAGCUUCCGCCUUGUGCCAGCCACGUCUUGCCCCUCCCGGCAGUGUACAUUGCAGUGUAAAUUGGUAGAAAGUUGCUAAACACCAUUCCUAACAGCCUCAGGGCCUUUCCUUUCCCCCCUCAUCCGCUUAAGUGGAAAAGAAGAGGGAAAGGGAAGGCUGUCAGGAAUAGUGGAAGUUGGAGUCCAAAAUACCUGGAGGGAGGGCCCAAGUUGGCCCAUGCCUGACCUACCCAGGGACUCUCUCCUGACCCUUAACUCUUUGUCAUUCCAAUUCAGGAAGCAGCCAGGCUCUGAAGCUGGAAGGCCAUUCAGUGCUAAUCAAGGUGGCCACUUGCAGGUGUUGUCCCAUGCGUGGUGCAUUCACAUUAUCCUAAGCCCUCCAAUCCCCCAGGGCAGUGAGAAAGCAGAUGAGAUUAAACUAUUUAUUUAUUUAUUAUUCAAACUUAUAUGCCACCACUCCCCUAGGGCUCGGGGCGGCUUACAAAACAGGCUAAAAUCUAACAAUUUAAAAAUAGCAAUAACAGAAAUCAAAAGCCUAUGAAAUAACAGAAAUCAAAAACUAUGCUCCCAAAGUGGGGCUGAACCUCAAGAGACAUUGUGAGUGGAUGCUGCCUUCUUAUGACACCACAUCUCUCCGUGCCUGACUCCUUCCAGUUCCAUACGGGGGCCCCAAAGGGGGAGAGGGAAACGCUGCCCUCCAGGAGAGGAAUAUGAACAGGACCAGAUCCCUUGUAUUGGCAUGAUGUUUUGGUGCUUCAUUUGUGAAAUCAUAACAUAGUUUUAGUAGGCUUCUCCUUAAUCCCUCCUUAUUAUCCCACAUUUUCACUUACCCAAUGUUCUGCUGGCCCAUUUACGUUGGAUUAGCCAGACUCUGCUAUACUAACUGCUGGGACUCAAUGCUGCAGAAUCCUGGGAGCAGUAGCUUUAUGUGGUGUCCAAAUGUCUCUGCCACAGAAAGCUGUUGCCUCCUUAAACUACAACUCCCAAUAAUUUGGUCUCAGUGAGCAGUUAAAAUGGAGUUAUCCUCCAUUAGUGCUACAGUCUAGGCAUGGCCCAAACCAGAGAAGCCUCACAGAAUCAAAGCAUAACCAUGUCGGCCGUUGAAGGCCUCUCCCUUCCAGAAGGCAUCCCGGGAAGACUUUUCCUUCCUUCCUUCCUGUCUUUCUUUCCACAACCUCCAGUUUCCUCUGGCCAAACGUGCAGGUCGUGUUUUAAUUGACAGGAGAGGCAGACGGGACUGGCUUAUCUCCUCGCCUCGCUCUUUCCUCGCUGUUCGACUGAGGGAAUGAAUGGCCCGAAUGGAACCUCGUUCAGCAUGGACUCACUUUGGGAACAUCCCAACAAGUCUCAGUGUGGGUUUGAAUGAGCCGAGUGGGAAGGCAGGUCCUUGGUCAUUAGGAGGGUUUCGUUGUGAAAUGUGAGACAUUGAGUGGCCGCAGAGACCAUUUGGGAUGCCCAGGAGGCAAGGUCGGGAGUCCCUGUGGCCUUGGAAGUUAUGAAAUCUAUACGCAUAUUAAAAGUGGAAAUCUGCCUGUGUGUAUGUGGCACGGGUGUCCACUCACACAAACAGCCUCCCUCCCGCCUCCACAAACAGACUACGGUUCCCAGUGCUGCGGAGCCACCAUCACUCCCUCCCAGGGCAUUGCAGGUUACAGCGAGCACAUCCCGGUGUUCCUUUCUCUCUCUAUUUGCAUGACCCCGCCCACUGCCUCUCCCUUAACCCUUUCCUAUGGUACACAGCAAACAGAGGAAUGGAUUAGCAACAGAACAUACUGGAGAGGUUUGGGGAGAAUUCACCAUAUUUUAUUGGAGUUCUAGGGACUGGGAUGUAUAGUUCACUUGCAGUCUAAGAGCACUCUGGUCCCCACCAACGAUGGACCUGGACUACACUUGGCACACAGACCCAACAUGGCCAAUAAUAAUAAUAAUAACAACAACUUUAUUUUUGUACCCUGCCUGCAUCUCUCCGCAGGGACUCGGGGCUGGCUAACAUGGGGCCAAGCCCAAAAUUACCACAAUAAAACAAGGUAGGAUACAUUCAGAACAAAAACAAGCAUCAUCAACAUUAAAAAUACACAAAAUUACACCAUUUUAAACAAUCAUGUAAUAAUAAGUAAACCGCCAAAUAAGAACAUUAUAGCAAAUUAAAAUAGUAAAAAACUGGGCAGCAGUGUGAGGAGUGCACAAUUAAAAUCUGAUGAGGUAGAUAAUAAAGUGCUGUAAUGUAAUAAGAGAAUUCAGAGGUGGGACAAAUGAAGAGAAUUGUUUCCACAUAAAGGCGAGAAAACAAUACAUCAGGCCCGAUGAUAAUCAGUACUGAGUGGGUUCUACUUGUGAUCUGUAAUUGAAGGCACACCGGAAGAGCCAAGUUUUUCAAUCUUUCUUGAAGGCUGCCGGGGUGGGUGCUUGUCUGAUCUCCCUGGGAAUGGAGUUCCAGAGCCGAGGGGCCACCACAGAGAAGGCCCUCUACCUCAUCCCCACCCAAUGCUGCCAACUUGGGGUGAUUGACCUUGGCAUCAGAGAGUUAUAGUUCACCUGUAUUCAGGGAACACUGAACCCAGUAAAUGACAGAUCUGGACCAAAUUUAGCACAAAGACCCAACAUGGCCAACUGGGAAUACUGGGGGAGUUUUGAGAGGGGUGACCCAAGAUUUUCAUAGAAUCAUAGAAUAGUAGAGUUGGAAGAGACCUCAUGGGCCAUCCAGUCCAACCCCCUGCUAAGAAGCAGGAAAUCGCAUUCAAAGCACCCCUGACAGAUGACCAUCCAGCCUCUGCUUAAAAGCCUCCAAAGAAGGAGCCUCUACCACGGCCCAGGGGAGAGAGUUCCACUGUCGAACAGCCCUCACUGUGAGGAAGUUCUUCCUGAUGUUCAGGUGGAAUCUCCUUUCCUGUAGUUUGAAGCCAUUGUUCCGUGUCCUAGUCUGCAGGGCAGCAGAAAACAAGCUCCCUCCCUCCUCCCUAUGACUUCCCUUCACGUAUUUGUACAUGGCUAUCAUGUCUUCUCUCAGCCUUCUUUUCUGCAGGCUAAACAUGCCCAGCUCUUUAAGCCGCUCCUCAUAGGGCUUGUUCUCCAGACUCCCAGAUUUUUGGGAACUGUAGUUCACCCACAUCCUUAUGCAUUUUCUAAUGGAAGCACUGAUAAAAAAAGCAAAAACUGAGGGGUUUUUUUUCUAAGACAUAGUGUAGCAUAUGACCAAACUGAUAUGACCUCACAUCCAAAAACAAACAGGGCCCUGUUAAAAUAACCCGGGCAUCACCGGAUACCCAAGAUAGCAAUACAUAAAGAAUUCCUUGUUUCUUUUAGCAUUUAGCACAUGCUGUUAAUUCACGGAAACCCAUUAUCCAGAGUGAUUUUCGCACUUUAAUGUUGGAAGGAGUUCUGCCCGCCUUCUGUUCCUUUAGCCGCAUUUGGAUUUGACUCAAUGAAAUUAGUGUGACUCUCUUUAAGAUCUGAAAGAGUUUCCAUUCCUUCCCUCCUUACAUUACCUUGUCAUUCUGUGGUUGUUGCUUGAUGAUGCUUUAUGUUGUUAUAAUGCUUUGUACUGUUUUUCCUUUAAUUUAUUGUACUGCAAUGUAUUUUAUUGUGCUAUAUUUUAAUUCUGUUUUAUUGGGCCUGGUCCCCAUGUAAGCCGCCCCAAGUCCCUUCAGGGAGAUGAGGGUGGGAUAGAAGAAUACAGUUGUUGUUGUUGUUGUUGUUAUCAUCAUCAUCAUCUUAUUCCCUUUUUAGCUUUCUUUAUCUUGAGCCACCUUUGAGCCCACGUGAGUUCCCACAUGUGUUAAGUGAAAUUGGAUCUGUUUGUUCUUGUUUGUGAACCUGUGAUCACCUUUGUUGGUUUAUGCAGGGAGGUGACCCACAAACCAUGAACUAAGUAAUAAUGGGCAUUUAGUGCAUGCUGGUUAUUCACUUUUUUUCGUGUCAAGAGCAACCGGAGUUGCUUCUGGAGUGAGAGAAUUGGCCGUCUGCAAGGACGUUGCCCAGGGGACGCCCGGAUGUUUUGAUGUUUUACCAUCCUUGUGGGAGGCUUCUCUCAUGUCCCCGCAUGGAGCUGGAGCUAGUAGAGGAGGCUCAUCCACACUCUCCCCAGGUGGGAUUCGAACCUGGCAGCUUUCAGGUCAGCAACCCAACCUUCAAGUCACGAGGCUUUUAUUCCCUAGGCCACCGGGGCUCUGGUUAUUCACUGAAACAUUAUCCAGAACAAAUCAUUGCUUCUCUUCUGUUCCUUAAACCACAUCUCGGGUUGACUCCUUUCUAUCUUCUGUCCUUUUUUGCUUUCCUUCCCUCACUCCCUCCUCUUCCUUCUAUCCACUCCCAUCAUUCUUUUAUUCCUUCGUUUCUUCUGUCCUUCCUACAUACCUUCCUUCCACCAUCUUUUCCUCAUUCCUUCCUUCCUUUCUUCCUUUCUUGUCCUGUGUUUGUUGAAUCACCUUUGAACAAGGACCAACUUUUGUCUCUGUUAUGUUCACUCAAGCGUGUCUGCAUCCAUUUCUUGUUGCUUAUGAGUCUUUGAUUGCUUUUGAUGGUUUCUGUGCGUGUCCUUGGGACGCUUCAUGCUUCUGUUUCUUGAUAUUUCCAUAUUCAACAUAAUUGAUGAAGAGAAAAGAGGAUUAUGUUGGAAGUAAAGGAAAUCUGGGGCUUCAUGUUUAACCUUCUGCUUCUUUCUUGACCAGGACAUGGGGGUUCUAUGGAGCCACCCCUGGCGUGAUGAUAAACAAACCAGCUCAUGGUGGAUACUGAGGAAUUUGGAAAGCAAAAGUACAGUGAGGAAACCAGACCUAUAGGAAAGAGAAAUCCUCUCAAGGGGCUGAUCUUACUAGAUGGUAGAAUACACUUUACAUCAGAACAGGGAAAACAAGAGUCAAGUGUCCAUAGUGCAAUCGUAUGUAGAUAACGCUAUCGAUAUGGAGGAAAAAGCUUAUAAAUGUAUUGAAUGUGGAAAGAGCUUUAGUCAGCAUGGACCUCUGAAGAGACAUCAAAGGGUUCACACUAGUGAAAAACCCUAUAAAUGCCUGGAGUGUGGACAAAGUUUUACUCGGAGGGAAUAUCUAUGUUCACAUCAAAGGACUCACACUGGGGAGAAACCCUAUAAAUGCCUGGAAUGUGGACAGAGCUUUACUCAUAGUUCAAGUCUACAUUCACAUCAAAGGACUCACACUGGGGAGAAACCCUAUAAAUGCCUGGAGUGUGGACACAGCUUUGCUCAUAGGUCAAGUCUAUGUUCACAUCAAAGGACUCACACUGGGGAGAAACCCUAUAAAUGCCUGGAGUGUGGACAGACCUUUACUCGGAGGGAACAUUUACGUUCACAUCAAAGGACUCACACUGGGGAGAAACCUUAUAAAUGCCUGGAGUGUGGACAGAGCUUCACUGAGAGGGGAAAUCUACAUAUACAUGAAAGGACUCACACUGGGGAGAAACCCUAUAAAUGCCUGGAGUGUGGACACAGCUUUAUUCAGAGUUCAAGUCUGCGUAACCAUCAAAGGACUCACACUGGGGAGAAACCUCAUAUAUGCCUGGAGUGUGGAAUAAGCUUCACUCAGAGUGGAAAUCUACGUAUACAUGAAAGGACUCACACUGGGGAGAAACCCUAUAAAUGCCUGGAGUGUGGACAGAGCUUCACUAAGAGGGGAAAUCUACGUAAACAUCAAAGGACUCACACUAGGGAGAAACCCUAUAUAUGCCUGGAAUGUGGACAGAGCUUCACUGAGAGGGGAAGUCUACGUAUACAUGAAAGGACUCACACUGGGGAGAAACCCUAUAAAUGCCUGGAGUGUGGACACAGCUUCAUUCAGAGUUCAAGUCUACGUAACCAUCAAAGGACUCACACUGGGGAGAAACCCUAUAAAUGCCUGGAGUGUGGGCAGAGCUUCACUCAGAGGGGAAGUCUAUGUAUACAUCAAAGGACUCACACUGGGGAGAAACCCUAUACAUGCCUGGAGUGUGGACAGAGCUUUACUGAGAAGGGAAGUCUACGUAUACAUGAAAGGACUCACACUGGGGAGAAACCCUAUAAAUGCCUGGAGUGUGGACAGAGCUUCUCUGAGAGGGGAGGUCUCCGUAUACAUCAAAGGACCCACACUGGGGAGAAACCUUAUAAAUGCCUAGAGUGUGGACAGAGCUUUACUCAGGGAGGACAUUUACGAUUACAUCAAAGGACCCACACUGGGGAGAAACCCUAUAAAUGCCUGGAGUGUGAACAGAGCUUCACUGAGAGGGGAAGUCUCCGUAUACAUCAAAGGACCCACACUGGGGAGAAACCUUAUAAAUGCCUGGAGUGUGGACAGAGCUUCGCUCAAAGUGGAAACCUAAGUUCACAUCAAAGGACCCACACUGGGGAGAAACCCUAUAAAUGCCUGGAGUGUGGACAGAACUUCACUCAAAGUGGAAACCUAAGUUCACAUCAAAGGACCCACACUGGGGAGGAACCCUAUAAAUGCCAGGAUUGUGAACUGAGCUUCGCUAAGAGGGAAAAUCUACAUAAGCAUCAAAGGACUCACUAAAGAGAAAUUUUAUAAUUGCAUGGACUGUGGAAAGAGCUUCACAUAUAGUCACAAUCUACAUAAACAUAAUAGAAUUCACACUGGAGAGAAAGAUGGUAAUGGACACUACAGUCUUUCUAACAUGUACAAAAGCAACUCUUGCAAAUGUUGGAAAUGCAAGCCCAUAGUUGGAACAUUUUAUCAUUGUGGUGUAUUGUAAAGAGAUUGAGCUACAAUACAUUUCAUCCUGGAAGUAAUUUGUGAGGGCAGUUGAAAAAAUAUUAUAUUAAUUUUACAACAGAGGUCAGAAUUGGAAUUAAAAAUAUAAAGAUUCAAUCUACCUUGGAGCAGAAACGUUGGUUCAAAGCUGUUUCCCCUUGUAAAUUUCCACAGAACAUGUCUAUCGAUUUCUCUCCUUGGCAUAAUAGCAUAUUUAAACUGCUUGUUUAUUCUGCGAGUAUUUACAAAGUACUUAGGUCAGAUUGGCAGGGCAUGGUAAACUUGAACAAUGGAUUUAUUGAUUGGGAGGUGUCAAUACAACUCAGAGCUUCUAAACUCAUACAGUAGAAGAGCACCAUCUCACGGCCACUUCGUGCAAAUAGCAGGCACUUUCUGUUUUUAUUAAAACUGUCAUUUUUUAGUUAUAUUCACUUCAGAAAGCACGUUACGAUUAAAUUUAGAAAGGCUAUCAAGAGAAGGCGCUAAGGAAAAUCAGCCUAAUAUUUGCUGAUUGACUAUGGCUUCGAUAAUAAUGUCUAUGUACUCAAAGUAUUCAAUAAGAGAUAGCUUAAAAGGGAAAACCAUGGAUAAUGAGAUCAGCAGUUCCAAAAGAAACACAAGAAUAAAUAAAAUAAAUAAGAAGAAAUCUGUAUUCUAAGGAGAUUGGUUUUAAUGGAAUUUGCUUUUAAAAUUGGUUUUAUAAAUGUUAUAAACAUUUAAGAGGGUUAAGAAUCUAAUUCAAGGUUUAGAACAUUUGAACUUUGGAAUCACCAGAUGUCUGAAUUCCAUAAAACAAACUGUACAGUCAGUAGACGUUGAGCACCAUCGCACGUUUGCCUGACCUGGUCGAUGACCUAGACUAGAAAGUUGAGGGCAACUGUGCUCGUGGACACUUGUUUUUCACCUGUUUAAUAAUUAUACGGAGUAAAUUUUCGACUGUUGUACUUUCUGCGCAUGUGUAGCGGAAAUUGGUUUUGUCAGCACUAAUUGUACUAGAUAUUGAACAUGAUUGAACAUGAUUUUGUAAUGGUCCUUUGAACACGGAUCCCCCCCUCUUUUGCAAAAUAGUUAAGACCUGGACAUCGAUGUGCUGUCGCUGUUCUAGAGGUGUGUGUGGUAUUUGUUCCAAACCCCUCUCUGCAUAUUAGGUCUGUGUGCCAAGUUUGGUUGAGAUCCAUUGGUGUUUGGGUUCACAGUGCUCUCUAGAUGGAGGCGAACUACAACUCCCCCAAAUCAAUGUGAAUUUCCCCAAAGACUUCCAGUAUUUUUUGCUGGUCAUGGGGGCUCUGUGUGCCAAGUGAGUUCCAGUUCCAUCAUUGGGAGGGGUUCAGAGUGCAGAUGGUCCGCCCCAGGAGACUUAUGGAUCCUGAGGGACUCCUGACGUCUCUUGGGGUUCUGUCUGCUAUGGAGGCUGAUGAUCCUGUCGAUGCCUUGGUUGCUCGUUACAAUACCGAGUUGUCCAGGGCUAUUGACAUGAUCGCUCCCGAACGUCCCCUCUCGCUGCGUGGAGUUGCCCCAGCUCCCUGGUUCACCGGGGAGCUGGCGGAGAUGAAACGUGAGAGAAGGAGACUAGAGUGGCGCUGGCGGAGAACUCGCGACGUUUCUGACCGAACACGGGCUAAAGCCGUUAUUAGGGCUUAUUCCGUGGCGUUGCGGGCAGCCAGGAAGGUUUUCACGACUGCCCGCAUCGCGUCUGCAACAAAUAGAUCUUCUGAGUUGUUCCGAGUUGUUGGGGAGCUCCUCCACCCUUCUCAGGGUGGGGGGGCACCUGACUCCUCGGCAACUCGGUGUAGCGAGUUCGCUCACCAUUUUGCAGACAAAGUCGCUCAGAUUCGUUCCGACUUGGACGCCAGUCUUGAAGCAUUGCCAGGUGAGGUAACCGAGGCAUCUGUCUGUUCGAUCUUGUGGGAUUUGUUUCAGUUUGUGCAAUCUGAUGAUGUAGACAAGAUUCUUGGAGCGGUGAGGGCGACUACCUGUGCCCUAGAUCCCUGCCCAUCUUGGCUUUUAAAACAGGCCAGUGGUGGGUUAGUUGAUUGGUUUGUGGCAAUAAUUAAUGCCUCUUUGGGGCAGGGCAAAUUUCCAUCCAGCCUAAAACAAGCCGUGGUAAGGCCUAUUUUGAAGAAGGCCUCAUUAGAUCCUACCAAUCCUUGUAACUACAGGCCAAUCUCUAACCUACCAUUCUUGGGCAAGGUCUUGGAGCGGGUGGUUGCCUCUCAGCUCCAGGGAUUCUUGGAAGAUACGGAUUUUCUGGACCAAUCACAGUCUGGCUUUAGGCCUGGGUUCAGUACCGAGACGGCUUUGGUCGCCUUGGUGGAUGACCUCCGCAGGGAGCUGGACAGGGGGAGUGUGACCCUGCUGGUUCUCUUGGACAUCUCAGCAGCUUUCGAUACCAUCGACCAUGGUAUCCUUCUGGGGCGGCUUUCUGGGAUGGGCCUUGGGGGUACUGCACUCCAGUGGCUCCAGUCCUUUCUGGAGGGUCGUUCCCAGUUGGUGAAGCUGGGGGACACCUGCUCGGACCCCUGGCUAUUGACCUGUGGGGUCCUGCAAGGUUCUAUUUUGUCCCCCAUGCUUUUUAACAUCUACAUGAAACCGCUGGGAGAGGUCAUCCGGAGUUUUGGAGUACGGUGCCAUCUCUACGCGGAUGACACCCAACUCUACUACUCUUUUCCACCUAAAUCCAAGGAAGCCCCUCGGAUUCUGGACCAGUGUCUGGCCGCUGUGUUGGCCUGGAUGAGGGUGAACAAGCUGAGACUUAAUCCCGACAAGACAGAGGUCCUCCAGGUCAGUCGUACGUCUGAUCGGGGUAUUGGGUGGCAACCUGUGCUUGACGGGGUCGCACUCCCCCUGAAGGCGCAGGUCCGCAGCUUGGGGGUCCUCCUGGAUUCGGGGCUGACACUUGAGGCUCAGGUGUCGGCCGUGGCCGGGAGGGCCUUUGCACAACUAAAACUUGUGCGCCAGCUGCGACCGUACCUCGAGAAGUAAGAUCUGACCAAGGUGGUCCAUGCCUUAGUCCAUGCCAUGCAAUAGACUGGACUAUUGCAAUGCGCUCUAUGUGGGGCUGCCUUUGAAGACGGCCCGGAAAUUACAACUAGUACAGCGUUCGGCAGCCAGGCUUCUAACCGGAGCGAAUUACAGGGCGCGUUCAACGCCUCUGUUUAAGGAGCUCCACUGGCUGCCAUUUACUUUUCGGGCCCAAUUCAAGGUGCAGGUUAUCACCUACAAAGCCCUAAACGGUUUGGGACCCACCUACCUUACAGACCGCAUCUCCCUCUAUGAACCCACACGUUCUCUUCGCUCGUCGGGGGAGGCCCUUCUCUCGCUCCCACCACCCUCACAGUCACGGUUGGUGGGGACGAGAGAGAGGGCCUUCUCCGUCGUGGCCCCCCCGGCUUUGGAACUCUCUACCUAGAGAGAUCAGGCAGGCCCCUACCCUCCUCUCCUUCCGGAAGAGCUUAAAAACGUGGCUCUUCCAAAAGGCCUUCGAUGUUUAGUUGUUGCUGGAUUGAUCUAUCUGUCCAUUCUAUAAUAGUCCCAUUGUUGUUGUCUUGCCAUUUUAUACCGCACUUUAUUGUCCAACUGUGAAAUUUCCUUUUCCCAUUUCGUAUCACUCUGCAUUUCGCCUGGGAUCUACGAAUUAGUCUCCUGUUUUUAACACUGUAUCCUGCUUGUUGAUUUUAAUGAUUGUUUUUAUUGAUGCUGAUGUUUUUUACUGGGAUAAUUGUUUUAUUGCUUUGUUACUGUUUUGUUUGUUUUAUUGGGCCUGGCCCCAUGUAAGCCGCCCCAAGUCCCUUCGGGGAGAUGGGGCGGGGUAUAAAAAUAAAGUUAUUAUUAUAUUA